ACACUCUGCGAUUGUGUGCCCGAUAAUUUUCAUCAUCCGCUGAUGAACAUUUCAACAUUUGCGACCCUCAACAACAACCGCGACUACUAACCAACAACAGCGAGGGAUAAUCCGAUAGGUCUCAGACGCAUUUUCACUUUGCGCUCUUGAGCUAUUUAAUUCCUCCUUCCUUCUCUUCUUUCCACAUUCAUUUUCUUCACCCCACGAACCAACCGUGGUGACGAUCCGGAAAGAUGUCGUCCUUCGAGUCUGUUGUCGUCAUUGAUGGCAAGGGUCACCUUCUUGGUCGACUCGCCAGUAUCGUCGCGAAGCAGCUCCUCAGCGGUCAGAAGAUCGUCGUGGUCCGUUCCGAGGCCCUAAACAUCUCGGGCGAAUUCUUCCGCGCGAAGCUCAAGUACCAUGCCUACCUUCGCAAGAUGACCCGAUACAACCCUACCCGAGGUGGUCCCUUCCACUUCCGUGCCCCGUCAAGGAUCUUCUACAAGGCCGUCCGCGGCAUGAUUCCCCACAAGACUGCCCGAGGCGCCGCCGCGCUGGAACGACUUAAGGUCUUCGAGGGUGUCCCUCCCCCCUACGACAAGCAGAAGAAGAUGGUUGUUCCCCAGGCCCUACGUGUUCUCCGGCUACAGCCCGGCCGAAAGUUCUGCGCUGUUGGCCGUCUAAGCCACGAAGUUGGCUGGAAGUACCAGAAUGUUGUUGAGAGACUCGAGGAGCGCAGAAAGGCAAAGGGUGCCGCAUACUACGAGCGCAAGAAGCUGGCGGAGCGACAACUGUCGGAGGCCAAGAAGAACGCCAACGUCGACAGCAAGACGGCCGAGGCUCUCAAGUCUUACGGCUACUAAUUGUUCCUUCAUCCUUCUGCAUUUUUUUCCGGGUAACCAAAACAAACAAAUACCAGGACAACUCCG